CACUCUCAUCUCAUCUACACCGAUAUGUGGAAACAAUGUUUGCUCCUCUACAUCCAUUAAAUUUUGGCAUUGGAGGGGACCAAACACAACAUGUACUCUGGCGCCUAUCUAAUGGCGAGUUGGACAACAUAAAGCCCAAGGUUGUCGUCUUACUCGUCGGUACCAAUAAUCACGGCCAUACUGCCGACAUGAUUGCCGACGGCAUCAUAGCUGUUGUCCAUCUCAUCCGAGACAAACAACCCCAAGCGCACAUCAUCGUUAUGUCGCUGCUGCCCCGUGGUCAUCUGGUAAAUCCUCUUCGUCAGCGCAACGCCCAUGUCAAUGAGUUGCUGGCCCAGAAGCUGACGUUGAUGACUCGGGUCCAGUUGGUCAAUACGGCACCGGAUUUUGUCUUGCCCGAUGGCACCAUCUCGCACUUGGACAUGUACGACUAUCUCCACCUGACGCCCAACGGCUACCGCAAAGUCUUCGAGCCUUUACACGACCUCCUCUUGCAACUGUUGGCCGAAUCCGACGAAGCGGAUGAGACCAAUAACGCCCAAUCGCUUCUUCACAAAGGACCUUGAUUCUUUUCUUCUUUUCACUCCUACACACACACACACACACUAGACUUUAGAUAUUCUACUAUCUCGCCUACACUCGACAGCAAUCAUGCAGCAGUUGCUGCCUCAACACACCGAAGAAAAUUAAAUAGACCAUUAUUUUUUUUUUGCCUAUUCUUGGCUAUUAAAUCAAAUCUCUUCUUUGAUGGUUCUCUUUAAGGUGCGAUAUUUGUUCCGCCUUUUUUUUUUUUCUCUGCCGAAUGAUUUGCUCUACUGUGUUAAAACUAAUACGUUUAAUUUGGCGCUGUGUCAUUGGUACGUGUGUGUAUCGCUCCAACAGAUUGCCUUUUUUUUGUUUUUUUUUUCCUUGUUGUUUCUUUUAUGGAAAUGCCGCACUGUGAAUGGACAUAUUAUAAAUAGAUCUCUAAUGAAGAGAU